CGUUGUCGUUGUCGUUGUCGUUGUUGUUGUCGUUGUUGUCGUUGUCGUCGUCGCUCCAGUUGUCAUUGUCCCAGUCCUUGUCCUUGUCUUUGCCAUGAGCACUGGUAUUGGGAUUAGAGCGGGUUGCUGCAGUCGUUGGGGGAGCACUCCGACGCGGCAGGUCACCAAUACCAGUACCGGCAACCGCAGCACCGCCAGCCGUAUUGGAUCUCUGGGGCGACACAACCCCAUCCUCCCCAUCAUAAUCGUCAUCACCAGCAGCAGCAGCAUCAAACAAAACCUCCGUAUCCCUCGACUCCAUCUCAUACUCCUCCUGGUCCGCAACUCUUCUUCUCUCCGUCGGCCGUUCCGGCAUAUAGUUCCUAAUAGCUAUCGGCAGCAUCUCCCUCCGCACACAGGCAGCCCUCCCGCCCACAGCCAUAACCACCGCCGAACCCCCCACGGUGGCCCACCACAAAACCAUCCCCGGCACCCUUCCACUAUGCCAAACAACCAACCCCAAAUGAAUAAUGAAAAACGUCAAUGUGAAAUCAAUACAUAGCCGGGACCUUUCUACAAGAUACAGGAGGGGAAUUAUGUUUAUUGCGCUGGUGAGGAAAAAUGCCAGGGAUAUGGUCCAGCCACUGACUGUGUCGCCGCGGAGAAGUGCGCUGUCGAAGAGGAGCGCGGGGGUGAGCUGGAGCGGGGUGAGGAUGGUGGAGAAGAGGAGGAGGAGACUGAAGAUUGUGUAGGCGAAACAUUGGAGCGUCGUUAUUUGUGCGAGAAUUAAAAGCGGGUCCCAGGUGGACGCGGCCCUGAAGGACGACGAGCUGCUCAUUUGUGCUAAAUGAGAAAAUAAAGGGAGAAAAUGAACAAAAAU